GGUGAGAGCUGCGCAGCGCUCGCUGCUGGCUGGCUUCGCUGAGACGCCGAGCGGACGCGGCCGGCGCCGGCUUGUGGGCUCGCCGCCUGCAGCUAUGACCCCCGCAGCCCUUCCCUCGGUCUCGGCCCGGGGCGUCUGAUAUCCCACACAGUCGCGCGCAGCUGCCGGAGAGCCGACCGCUGCCCCCUCGUCGCCGUAUCGCACUCCCUUCCCGGGAGCUGGGAACAGCGCGGGCAGCCGGCGCCCCCGUGCAAACUGGGGGUGUCUGCCGGAGCAGCCCCCGUCGCCGCCACUGCUGCCCCAGACGCUGGCCAUGGCCUGGCGGGGAGCAGGGCCGAGCGUCCCGGGGGCCCCCGGGGGCGUCGGGCUCAGUCUGGGGUGGCUGCUGCAGUUGCUGCUGCUGGUGGGGCCGGCGCGGGGCUUCGGAGACGAGGAGGAACGGCGCUGCGACCCCAUCCGCAUCUCCAUGUGCCAGAACCUCGGCUACAACGUGACCAAGAUGCCCAACCUGGUGGGGCACGAGCUGCAGACGGACGCCGAGCUGCAGCUGACAACUUUCACACCGCUCAUCCAGUACGGCUGCUCCAGCCAGCUGCAGUUCUUCCUUUGUUCUGUUUAUGUGCCAAUGUGCACAGAGAAGAUCAACAUCCCCAUUGGCCCAUGUGGUGGCAUGUGUCUUUCAGUCAAGAGGCGCUGUGAACCCGUCCUUAAGGAAUUUGGAUUUGCCUGGCCAGAGAGUCUGAACUGCAGCAAAUUCCCACCACAGAAUGACCACAACCACAUGUGCAUGGAAGGGCCAGGUGAUGAAGAGGUGCCCUUACCUCAUAAAACCCCCAUCCAGCCUGGGGAAGAGUGUCACUCUGUGGGAACCAAUUCUGAUCAGUACAUCUGGGUGAAAAGAAGCCUGAACUGUGUUCUCAAGUGUGGCUAUGAUGCUGGCUUAUACAGCCGCCCAGCCAAGGAGUUCACCGAUAUCUGGAUGGCUGUGUGGGCCAGCCUGUGCUUCAUCUCCACUGCCUUCACAGUACUGACCUUCCUGAUCGAUUCUUCUAGGUUUUCCUACCCUGAGCGCCCCAUCAUAUUUCUCAGUAUGUGCUAUAAUAUUUAUAGCAUUGCUUAUAUUGUCAGGCUGACUGUAGGCCGGGAAAGGAUAUCCUGUGAUUUUGAAGAGGCAGCAGAACCCGUUCUCAUCCAAGAAGGACUUAAGAACACAGGAUGUGCAAUAAUUUUCUUGCUGAUGUACUUUUUUGGAAUGGCCAGCUCCAUUUGGUGGGUUAUUCUGACACUCACUUGGUUUUUGGCAGCAGGACUCAAAUGGGGUCAUGAAGCCAUCGAAAUGCACAGCUCUUAUUUCCACAUUGCAGCCUGGGCCAUCCCCGCAGUGAAAACCAUUGUUAUCUUGAUUAUGAGACUGGUGGAUGCAGAUGAACUGACUGGCCUGUGCUAUGUUGGAAACCAAAAUCUCGAUGCCCUCACCGGGUUCGUGGUGGCUCCCCUCUUUACUUAUUUGGUGAUUGGAACUUUGUUCAUUGCUGCAGGUUUGGUGGCUUUGUUCAAAAUUCGGUCAAAUCUCCAAAAGGAUGGGACAAAGACAGACAAAUUAGAAAGACUGAUGGUCAAGAUUGGGGUCUUCUCAGUCCUGUACACAGUUCCUGCAACAUGUGUGAUUGCCUGUUAUUUUUAUGAAAUCUCCAAUUGGGCACUCUUUCGGUAUUCUGCAGAUGAUUCCAACAUGGCUGUUGAAAUGUUAAAAAUUUUUAUGUCUUUGCUGGUGGGCAUCACUUCAGGCAUGUGGAUUUGGUCUGCCAAAACUCUUCACACGUGGCAGAAGUGUUCCAACAGAUUGGUGAAUUCUGGAAAGGUAAAGAGAGAGAAGAGAGGAAAUGGUUGGGUGAAGCCUGGGAAAGGCAGUGAGACUGUGGUAUAAGACUAGCCAGCCUCCAAGGUUUCUUCAUUUUGAAGGAGGGGGGAAUGCCAGCAUUUUGGUGGAAAUUCUGCUAAAAGUUGUAUGCAGUGAAUCUCAUACAAACUAGCAACAAUUAAGUGACUCCCAUCAACCCACUGCCUCCCAUCCUGACCCCAGCAUCAAAACAAAACAAAACAAAACAGUGAUUUUGCUGCAGACUUUGGAAUGAUCCAAAAUGGAAAAGCCAGUUAGAGGCUUUCAAAGCUGUGAAAAAUCAAAACGUUGAUCACUUUAGCAGGUCGCAGCUUGGAGCGUGGAGGUCCUGCCUAGAUUCCAGGAAGUCCAGGGCGAUACUGUUUUCCCCUGCAGGGUGGGAUUUGAGCUGUGAGUUGGUAACUUGCAGGGAGAAAGAUUAACUUUUUUAACCCUUUACAAUUUUAAAUACUAACUGGGUCUUUGAGAUAGCAAAGCAAUCUAUAAACACUGGAAACACUGGGUUCAGAGAAGUGUUACAAGAGUUUUAUAAUUUGGCUGAUCUAACAUAAACAUCUUCUGUGGUGCACUGUCUGCUGUUUAGAACUUUGUAGAUCGCACUCCCAAGAGGUGGUGUUAGAAUCUUUCAGUGCCUUUGUCAUAAAACGGAAUUGUUUGAACAAACAAAAGUACUGUACUCACAUAAGGUAUCCAGUAGAUUUUUCUUCUCUCUUUCCUCUCUUAAAUUUCAACAUCUCUGUUUUGGGCUGCUGCCGUUUUCUUCAUUUUACAUUAAUGACUCAAAAAAAGGUAUUUUUAUAGGAAUUUUUGCACGGCAGCAUGCUUAAAGAGGGGAAAAGGAAGGGUGAUUCACUUUCUGACAAUCACUUAAUUCAGAGGAAAAUGAGAUUUACUAAGUUGACUUACCUGACCGACCCCAGAGACCUAUUGCAUUGAGCAGUGGGGACUUAAUAUAUUUUACUUGUGUGAUUGCAUCUAUGCAGACGCCAGUCUGGAAGAGCUGAAAUGUUAAGUUUCUUGGCAACUUUGCAUUCACACAGAUUAGCUGUGUAAUUUGUGUGUGUCAAUUACAAUUAAAAGCACAUUCUUGGACCAUGACAUAGUAUACUCAACUGACUUUAAAACUAUGGUCAGCUUCAACUUGCAUUCUCAGAGUGAUAGUGCCUUUUUUUUUUUUUUUUUUUUUUAA